UAGUGCUGUUUCCUCUGCGUCUGAACAGACCUGCUCUCUCAAUGACGCUUGGUUCUUCUUCGUGAUUUCUUCGCCAUGAGCUGCCUGGAUGUGAUGUACCAAGUGUUUGGUCCUCAGCCUUAUUUCAGCUCCUACAGCCCCUAUCACCACCAGAAACUGGCCUUGUAUUCCAAAAUGCAAGAUCCCCAGGACAGCGGCAGCCGGCUCGGCCCCCUGGGGCCCCCGGCGAUCAAAGAGGAGGACAAGGAGCUGCCGCCGGGAGCCGAGUACCUGAGCUCCCGCUGCGUCCUCUUCACCUACUUCCAGGGCGACAUCAGCGCCGUGGUAGACGAACACUUCAGCCGAGCGCUCAGCCAGACGACUGCAUACCCUGCCUCAAGCAGCCACAAGGCCGUAAGAGACGGAUCAUUCCCGAUGAGCCAGCGAAGUUUCCCUCCUUCCUUCUGGAACAGCUCCUACCAGCCGUCGGUCUCCUCCACACUGGGCAGCGCUCUGUCGGCUUCCCACACAGAGCUCUCCUUCCCCGGGGACCCGUACUCCUCCGCCUCCCUGCAUAGCCACCUACACCAGCCCAGCCCGGACACCUGGCACCCGUCCCACCACCACCACCACCAUCACCACCACCCUUACUCGCUAGGGGGCGCUAUAGGCAGCCAGAGCUCGGCAUACUCACGCCCGGGGGUUCACGAGAUGUACGGCACAGCGUUCGACCCGCGCUACGGCUCGCUGUUGGUGCCGUCAGUGAGGCCUCACCACCGGCUGACGUCCGGCAGCUCGGUACCGGGGCCCAGCACCUCACCCUGUGAGCUCAGGGGGAAGGGGGAGUCAGGGACGGGGGCGAGCUGGAGUGGGGCCUUCACCGGAGCCGGAGCAGAAAUUGGACUCAACAUGGACACAGCUCUGUGUUACGGUGGACUGUGCAGCAGCAGCAGCAGCAGCAGCAGCAGCAGCGCAGCCCUGCUGAGCUGA